UGUGGUUCCUAUAUUGGAGUGACAAUGACAAAUAUUGGAGAAAAAGUUGUGUGCCUGGUUGCUUACCACAUAUUUUUCAUGCUGUUCGUCUGGUCAUAUUGGAAAACAAUCUUUACGCUACCAAUGAAUCCUUCAAAAGAAUUUCAUCUAUCAUAUUCAGACAAGGAAUCCCUAGAGAGAGAGCCUAGAGGUGAAUCCCAGCAAGAAGUCUUAAGACGGGCAGCCAAGGAUCUUCCUAUCUAUACACGGACAAUGUCUGGAGCAAUCAGAUACUGUGACAGAUGCCAUCUUGUAAAACCAGAUCGUUGUCAUCACUGUUCUGUAUGCGACAAAUGCAUUUUGAAAAUGGAUCAUCACUGCCCUUGGGUGAACAACUGUGUAGGAUUCUCCAAUUACAAAUUUUUUCUUCUCUUCUUGGCUUACUCACUAGUGUAUUGCCUUUUCAUUGCUGCAACAGAUUUGCAGUACUUUAUCAAGUUUUGGACAAAUGGCCUUCCUGAUACUCAAGCCAAGUUCCACAUCAUGUUUUUAUUCUUUGCUGCAGCUAUGUUUUCUGUCAGUUUGUCUUCUCUCUUUGGGUAUCACUGUUGGCUUGUCAGCAAGAAUAAAUCCACAUUAGAGGUAUUCAGAGCUCCCAUAUUUCGUCAUAGAACAGACAAGAAUGGCUUUAGCUUGGGCUUCAGCAAAAACCUAAGGCAGGUGUUUGGUGAUGAGAAGAAAUACUGGUUGCUGCCUGUGUUUUCAAGUUUAGGGGAUGGUUGCUCCUUCCCAACUUGCCUUGUUAAUCAGGAUCCUGAGCAAGCUUCCACACCUGGUGGUCUUAAUUCAACAUCCAAAAAUGAGAACCAUCUGUUUCCUGCAAAGCCACUGCGUGAUUCCCAGAGCCACCUACUUACGGAUACACCUUCUUGGUCAGAAACUAGUGUAAAGGCUGAAAAGGGCAAAGUUGGUAUGAACAAUCCUGCAUUAACCAUGGAAAAUGAAACCUAAUUUCUCUUAAAAGAAGCAUCUGAAUAUGUAAGGAAAAGUUUAAGAACAAGCUGUCAUUGGAAGGAAGAUGGAUUCUUCCAAAUUCAGCCCUGUUGGUCAGCUGUUCCUGUCUGCUCCUGUAUGGAUGUGCUCAGAAAACAAACCAACAGAUGAUUAACUGUCUCUGUGUCAGUGCUUGAAAUACAAAACUAGACAUACUACUUCUGAACCAGACAAAGAAUUUUUCAACUUAAAAUUACUGUGUUUGAGUGGUGAAGGAUGAGUGAAUAUUAGGAAAUGAAAAAAAUAGGAGGCUGAGUUUACAAAUGGCUGGUUUUACUUUGAUAUUCAGCACAAGAAAAAUGUGACCUUCUUACAUAUCAGUCUAUGUUCUUGCCUUGGUUUCACCUUUUAAUUCAAAUUGUUGUAAGUAGUUGACUUUAAAAUCAAAUUUUUGCACUACUGCCCUUAUGAAUUCCUUAUGAAUUGGGAGAACACCCAGUGUGGAUUAUGAAUAAUUUAGUGGCUUGGUGGACUGUAUUUUCUUUUGAGUGUUUGAUAAGCAGUUUUUGAAGAUAAGGAGACCCAAGUGAAAUGUCUACUUUUGGAACAUUUUUUUUGAAAACAUUAUUGCAAAAGCUCCGUUUCCCCUCAGAUCUGCACUACCAAUAGUUUGAGAAGUUAUAGAGGGGAAAAAAAUUCUUUGUUAAUUGAAUGCUACAGUGGGUCACUGCUCAGUGCUGCGAUAAAAAGCCUGUAUUCAGAUGGGUAGUACAUAAAUGAAACUGGCCAGCUGAGGAUUUUGAUGGGAGCUGCACAAGAUAAUGCUAUGAAAUGGGGAUUUUAUUGUCCCAUUUGGAGCUCUUAACUGCUUUGGGAAGUGAAUGUUGGCACUGAACUUUAUUUCAAAAGGCUUUUUACCAACCUGUGUUCCUGAGGGCCUCUGUCUUUCAAGCUCCUAGUUUCUUAUUAUCGAUAUUUGUGUCAGAUUUCUUUUUUCUUUUUCUUCAAGACACUGCCUUUCUUACUGUAUAAUUUAAUGGAUAUCAUGUACAAUCAAGGAGACUUAUCACAAUGACUUGUGAUAUUUGCAUUUACAGGACAACAGACUUUUGAUUGCAAUACCAAAAAGCCAAGCUGCUGCACGUAGGAAAUCCCCUUCAAUAAAGUUAGGAGCUAGCAGCUUUCUUAGCAUCAGAGGUUACUGGCCAGGUAAUAAAAGACACAUUAUCAGUUUUCAAAGUCAAGGAAGUUUCAGCAACACAAAUCUAACUGUCUUGUGCCUUUUGUAUACACUACAUUUAUAGUAUCAGUGUUUACAUUUAAAUGCAAAUUGUUAUUCUGAAAACAACUUUAGGAGAAACUUAGUUACGCUUUCUAGGUGGCUAGAUAAAAGGACUAUUCAAGAAAAAAAAAAGUGAAAACCUCUCAGACUAAGCUCAGCUCAGUUGAAAGAGAAAAGUGCUUCUGUUGUCAAACCUGAGUCUCUUAGCAGGUUGGUUCACAGUGUAAAGAUGCCAGUUGUUUGUUUAGAAAACUGGCAGCAGGACUAAGUGACAUAAUUCUGAAAGCAAAGAAUACUAUCAUUAACUCUUCUACAGGUAACUUUAAAAUUUUUCUUUCUUGGGCUUACAACUGAAGUGAUAGCUAGUGGAGCACAAAUGUGGCUUUUUUUUUCUAGUGAGGAAAAAUGUAUUUAUUUUACUUUUUUUUUUUUUAAUCUCAAUAUUUUACCAGCCUGAAAACAUCUGUUUCUUGCCAGAAGUGCCAGAAUGUGGAUCCCUUGAUGUAGAACACUUUCUGAACUAGCAUGAAGGUAGCAUACAGUUUACAUGAUGCCUGCAGAGGUCUAGCAACCAAAAGAUUUUUUGCAGCUAUUUAUUCAGUAUUGUUCUGUCAGCUUACCUCGUAUUUAUGUUUGUUUAAAGGUGAACUUGUUAAGGGAUAAGGGGGAAGAGGGAGAAUAUAUUUUUUAACACUUCAGGUUCUCUAUAUCUGUAGAGUCUUGUUUUUUACGCAGUUAGUCACAGGGUGGUUUGUCACGGAGCAUGCAUUUAAAAAUACCGAGUAAAGAGUUGAAAUUCAGCUUCAGUGUAACUUGCUCCAUAUUUUUAUGUAAAGACGAAAGAUUUCUUCCCCAGCAAAACACAUCAAGGAAAUGGAUCUCUCUAAUACAGAUGUCAGUCUCUCUGAGAGCUCUCAGUAAGGCUGGGGAUCAGUGUAGAGAAAGACCAGGGAUAAGGGAUCAAGAAAUGCCUGGCUUCUCCGUGUCUCAGAAGUCACACUUGGAAAGCACAAUAGCCCUAAGUAAUCUGCAGCUUCCAUGCAGCCAGAGGCUGUCCCCCUAGUGGAAAACUGAUGGAGGCAUGGGAAACAGAUGUUGAUGAAGGGAGGAGAAGUGGAAAGAGAAAGGAUGAUAGCUCAGAGGUAAACAUUGAGCAGAUCUGAGCCAGAGGGUUGUCGCCAUAUCUGCUCUCUGGAUGGGUAUGAGUUGUCUCCAUGAAGAGCACUGUCAGCAGGCUUUUGAGGGUUCCUGUCUGUGUAGAUAUGGACAAAAGUGAGCUAAUCAUGCUCCGAAGUGUAAUUUCUGAUGAUAUGACUAUGUUCUUGGCUUUAAGCUCUCUAAUACUUUCUAUAACAAAGUGAAAAUGCUCUUUAUGACAUAUUGAGCAUUGUCAGUGUUAAAAUGCACACAGGAGAAUUUGUGAAGAGGUCAGGGGAGCAAGGAUGCAAUGUUAUUUUGUCUGCUUACACUGAUUCUCCUGUCCUUUAUAUUCUUGCUAGGCACUUUACUACAGCCUUUUGUGUAAUUUCUGUAUAUUUUUUUUAAGGACUGCUUUUUACCUACUAUACAGUUACUAGUCUACUUUUUUGCUAAAAAGAAAAUAAUAUCCCUGAUAUCUGUGACUUGUCUAGUAGUAGGACUGCGUUUCAAGCUUUAGUGGAAAUUGGACAAGUUCUACAGAAUCCUCAGAUGGGCCUGAAUCCCUAAUGACAAGAGUUAAAUUUAUUUUGUAUAUAUGUAAACAGUGGUAUAAAUCAUAGCUCCCUACAUGCAUAAGAAGCUUCUUUAAUUUGUAGGUUAGAACAAAUCCAAAACAAUUCUGCACCAGAAGUGGUCCACACCAUACUCUGUGUCAGUUGAUGGACUGGUGAUGGAGUGCUCAAAGUCUUCACAGAGAGUAAUUUUUAUUAAGAAAAUGGAACACAGUGUUGGUGAGCUCCUCUCAUUGAGCAAUUAGACACAGCUGGUGCUAUGCAAUUGAAUUCUUCAACUUGAGAGAAAAAACAUUGUCCGGUUUACAUUGCAGACUGAAAGUUCUUUAGCAGACUAAAGGUAAAUGAAUGAAACACAGAAUCACAGAAUUGGUUAAGGUUGAAAGGGACCAUGAAUGGGGUCUUCUGGUCCAACCUCUGUGCUUAAGCAGGGUCUUAGACUACAUUGCACAGGUUUGCCAUAGUGGUUCUUGAGUAUCUCCAGUGAAGGAAACUCCAGAAUGGUUCAGUAAACAAGUUUGUUUUAAUGCAUGGAAUGCUAUAGCUGGUUUUAAUAAUUAUUUGGAGAGGUCUUGCCCUGAUUCAGUUGACUGGUGUCCUGGAGGUGGGGGAAAUAUAUUUCUACAUAAAUUUAGUGUAUAACUUUGCUACUUGUUAACGUAUUGCUCACAUAAAUAAAUGCUUCUUGU